AUAAAAAUAGUAGGGGUGUGUAAAUAUUCUACCUUAUAAGAGGUAAUGCAUUUCAUUGUUCAGGACACUUGAUGAUAGCUGAUCCAUGGAUGAACAUAAGGAUAGGGUAUUUCUCAUCACAGGUUCCAGCUCCGGUAUUGGGAAAGGCAUUGCUGUCCAUCUCGCCAAGACCGGAGCAAGGUUGUCCUUGACAGGAAGAAAUAAUGUCAAUCUAGAGGCGGUGAAGGAUAAAUGUGUGAAGGAGGGUUUAUCCCCUGACAAAGUUCUCCUCUGCGUGGGUGACUUAACUUCGAGAGAUUUUAGAAAGUCGCUCGUUGAACAAACAAUUGGACAUUUUGGAAGACUGGAUGUUCUUGUAAAUAAUGCUGGUACGGGGAAGCAUAUGCCAUUUUCAACGGAAUCAGAGGAGAACUUUGACGAAACCAUGAACGUCAACAUCAAGUCAGCGUAUUUUCUCACACAGCUGUUGAUACCAUAUCUCAAGGCAACGAAAGGUUGCAUCAUCAAUAUAUCAAGUAUACUGUCUACUUGCGCAUUGAAGGUGCCUGGAUAUUGUUCUUAUUCCAUGUCCAAAGCAGCCAUGGAUGCCUUUACUAGAGGAUUAGCACUGGAGUUAGCGCCCUUUGGAGUGCGAGCAAACACAGUAAGGCCUGGACUAAUUCGAAGCAAUUUUCACAGACGUGAUAACUUUCCUGGUUUGGGAGAUGAAGAAUCGUACAAUAAGUUUCUUGAUACGUAUGCAAAAGAGAAUCCCUCUGGUCGAGUCGGUGAGCAGGAAGACGUAUCCACGGUGGUCGCUUUCCUGGUCUCUGAUAAAGCAUCGUACAUCAAUGGAGGAGAUAUAGUCGUGGAUGGUGGACGUUAUGUCCAGUACUAGAAAGGACUGUAAAAGCGGCAUCAAAAAACUUAGAAGUCAAUAUCGUUGUCAUGAUGAUAUUUUUUUGGAAUUGAGACAAAUAGAAUACACAGGAACAAAAUUUACAUUUAAACUAAUUGGAUGUAAUGUAUAAUAAAUGUAUAUUCGUAACAAGUUUUUGAUGAAACCAGAAGAACUCUUUUAAACAGUUAGAGAUAGAAUUUAUCGCAAUUAGUAACCUGUUAAUCAGUUACUCUUUCUGAUCGAUGGUAAUCGAGUAGAAAAUGUGAAAUCGGUUAAUAGGGAAAAAAAAGAAUGUUAAUAAAUUUUAACGCAAUAUUCUAACAAUCCUUUUUUUUUUUAAAUGAACAUUCUGUGUUAACGUUGUUAUUAUAGUUAUGGUUUCCUGAUCGAGAUCGCAGGAUUAUUAGUCAGUUUUUGAAGUGUUUUAAAAUAACUGUCUGUUACAUCAUGUUACUCCAUUGCCUUCAAUGAUAUGUAAUAAAUUGCCUUUGAGCGCUGUGAAUUAUUUUCUACCUUUUGUAGUUAUCUAUCAAAUUAUAUUAUUAGACAAAAGUUGUUAAUUUGAAUGUUCAUAUUUAGAUUUAUAUAUAUUUUAACACAAUUUUCCUUGACUUUAAU